AUGGAUGUCAAGACCUGUUCAGCAAAAGGUGGAAAAUCGCAACCAGGUAUUUGUUCUGGUCCUUCUAAUGUUCAAUGUUGUAAGUUAGGAUCCGGUAAACCCAAACCAGUCAACACAAUGCUUACGAACUUGGCUGACAUUCUUCGUCGUGCUGGUCUCCGUGUACUCGAACAACCAGGCUGGAAGACACGUGGUCAUGGUAAAAUGGCUUCAGUGAAAAGUAUUCUAAUUCAUCAUACUGCUGGUCCGUCGAAAGGUGAAUAUCCUUCACUUGGUGUCGUCAGAGAUGGUCGUAAGGAUCUUCCUGGUCCUCUUGCACAACUCGGUUUAGGUCGUUCAGGAACUUGGUACGUCAUUGCAGCUGGUCGUUGUUAUCACGCUGGGAAAACAAUUAAUGAUUCGAUUUUCGGAAAUUCGAAUUCAAUUGGUAUUGAAGCUGAAGGAACUGGUACUCCAUCGGAUAAUACUGGACAUCGAUACUGGCCACCAGUUCAAUGGAAGAGCUAUGUACGUGGUGUUAAAGCUCUUCAAGCAGCUUACGGUGUGCCUACUGCACGUGUUUUGGGACACAAGGAAGCAGCAGUGCCUAAAGGUCGCAAGUCCGACCCCAACUUCUCUAUGACUGAGUUUCGUGCUGCGCUCCGUUAA